AUGGAGGUAGCCGAGCCGAGCUCUCGGUUGUCCGAGGUCAUCACCUAUGGUCCCACUGACCCCGUCCCCGCCGCUUCCAGCAACCACGAAGCCCUCGUGAUCGAGAUCCUCACCAACAACUACAUAGUCAAAAAUGUCUAUGUUGACCCCGGAAGCUCGGUAGACGUCUUGUACUACCGAACCUUCGAGAGUUUGAAACUGACCAGGGAGCAGCUCACUCCGGUCAGGACUCCCCACGUUGGAUUCGGGGGACACGUGGUCCACCCCGAGGGUAUGGUGUCCCUGAUGGUGACCAUCGGGCGUCAUCCCCGUUGCCGGACUAUACCCGUCAACUUCGCGGUAGUCAAGGCAGAUUCUCCCUACAAUAUGUUGAUAGGUCGACCCACGCUCAAUGCCUUGAGGGCUGUGUACUCUACCUAUCACCUGAGUUUCAAAUUCCCGACACCAGCGGGGGUGGCCGAGGUGAGCAGCGACGUGAGUACUGCCCGCGAAUGCUACCUCGCCACCAUCCAAGCCGCAGUCACUCCCCGGACUGCGUCGAAGGCCGAAGAGAAGAGGCCGGCCGUCCUCUCCAUAGACUGCAUCGAUCCUCAGAAGGCGGGAAAGCCCGGCAGGCUGGAACCCGGGGAUGAGGUGGAGCAGGUGGUCUUUGAUGAGAUGAGACCUGACUAA